AUAGUUUGACCGGUCAAGUAAUUUACACCAUCAUUUUUGGCGCCACCCGUGGGACCGUUAAGGUUUCUUCUCCAAAACACAAACCUACCCACCAAAACACCACUCGAAAUGUCUUCCAGCCAACAAAUCAACGCUACUUCCGCUCAGGCGCAGGCCACCAACGAGGGAGCCAGCAUCCCUGUGGCUGCUACCAUGCCGGUCAUUUCAGCCCCGGUGUUGCCUCUGGGUCUGAGCUCUGUCCCGACGGCCAGCGUGAUCAGUCCCUUCGUGACCCCCGUCCCUUCCGCUGGACCGAGGGUAACGUUCCCACCGAGCAUGGCUCAGUUCAUGAAUGACCCAGCCAACCUACAAGCCAUCCAGGGCUUUGGCCAGGUCAUGGCCAUGUGCCAACAGAACGGGGGGAUGCCUUUCCUCCCUGGUAUGUUCCCAUUCGCCCUUCCAAGCGCGGGGACCAUGCCUCUACAAGCUCCGAUGGCGGUGACGUCGUUCCAAACGCCGAUGCCGCAACCAUCACCUUUCCAGCCCCAGAUGGUCAGCACCAUGGCCCCGGUCAACUUGGCCGGUGCACUUAACGCUGCAGGGCCGUCGCGUCCCCCGCAAGCUACGGAUCCACAGGUCACUCCUGAUGGUCAUUGCGUCUCGAUUGAGAGCGAUGACGGCGAGUGGGACAUCCCGAGGGCCCACAAGAAGAAGAAAGGAAAAAACAUCCGGCCAGCGACCUCCCGAAACUCCGCCUUCGAAAGGCUGGGGGAUAGGGAGGAAGGCCAGAGGAAGUCAGCCAAGCAGAGGCUGGGGCAGAGUGUUGCCCAUGUCAGCGCAUUCGCCCGGCUAGGCGAGGUGCGGGAGGCCGAGCCUGCCCGCACCCGGCGCUCCCGGUCUAACCGGCAGGAGCCAGCGAGGACGAGGGCCUCCCACCAGGAAGGGGAGGCAGAAAGCCAGCCCAGGUUACCGGUGGCGAACCGGUUAACCAUCCCAAACGACCGCGUCCAGCAGAUGGAGGCAAAGCUGGAAAGGCUGGAAAAGAAGGUCGGGGAGAAGAAUGACCGGGACAAACCCCUGGCAGGGUCCCCGUUCACCACAAGGGUCCAUCUGACACCUUUCCCGCGAAAGGAGCAGGGCUAUUAGAGGAGUUGUAAAUGUGUCACACUACUUUUGUCAAAUGUAAGGAUGAUCAUGGGAGCCUUCUCUAGUUUGUUUGGAUAGACUAUUUGUAUGUAUGCUUUUGUUUAGGAGUUGCACAAAACUUUUGGGAGUUUUUAAAACUUAUCUAUCUGCUAGCAGUAUUUUGGUAUUAUCAAAUCAUUAUUGCUAUUUUAUUGAUGCUAUAUCCAGAAUUGAUGUUAUUACAAAUCAUUGUUGCUGUUUUAUUGAUGCUAUCUAGAAUUGAUAAUACCUAAAUACUGCUAGCAGAUAGAUAUGUUUAAGAAAACUACCAAAAAUUU